AUGGAAACUGAAAACCACACAAUGGUGACCGAGUUCAUUAUUUUGGGGUUAACAGAGGAUCCUACACUUUGUUCCAUCUUCUUUGUGGUUUUUCUAGGAAUCUAUGUUGCUACCAUAUUGGGCAAUAGCAGCAUAAUCAUGUUAAUCCAUAGAAGCCCUCAACUUCACACCCCUCAUCGUUUAGCUUUUGUGGAUAUGAAGUAUUUGACCUCGGUCACACCCAUCAUGAUUGUAAGUUUCCUAAGAGAGAGAACUACUACCCCUGUGGCAGGCUGCAUAGCUCAGCUUGGCCCUGAUGUUGUGUUUGGAACGGCUGAGUGCUUCCUGCUGGCUGCCAUGGCCUGUGAUCGCUAUGUGGCCAUCUGCUCUCCUCCACUUCUCUACUCUACACUCAUGUCUUCCAGAGUCUGCAUCAUCCUAUUGGCUGCUUCCUAUCUGGGAGGAUGUGUGAAUGCUUCAUCAUUUACUGGCUGUUUAUUGAGUUUGACUUUCUGUGGACCAAACAAAAUCAACCAUUUCUUCUGUGACCUCCCACCAUUAGUGAAGCUUUCUCGUAGCCAUAUUUAUGUUGCUGAAAUAUCUCCUGCCAUCUUAGCUGGGUCAAUCACUGUAAUCACACUGUUUAUCAUACAUGUUUCAUAUCUAUACAUCCUGCACUCGGUCCUAAAUGUGCACUCCCCUGACGGAAGACACAAGGCCUUCUCUACUUGUACUUCUCACCUCAGUGCGGUCACUUUGUUUUAUGGGACAGUCACAUUUGUCUAUGUCAUACUGAAGUCAGGUCACUCAUCUGACCAUAUUAAAGUGGUAUCUGUGUUCUACACAGUGGUGAGACCCAUGAUGAACCCCUUGAUCUACAGUCUGAGAAACAAAAAGGGGAAAGAGGCCAUGAGAAAAUUGAUGGCUAGCUAG